AUGGAUAUUAAUUCACUACUUUCACCCCAAGAGUCGGCUGCCCAGUCGAGGCAGUCAACCCCAGCAUCCUCCACCACCAAGUCCAGCGCGUCGGCUUCUUCUGCGCCUUCUGUCAAAACCUCACCUCACAAGGGUUCACGAAGAGGUCGCUCUGGUCAAUCGAAAUUCAGCUCAGGUCCAUCUCCGGUCGCGCGUCAGGCCCUCGAAUCCCGUCUCCCUGACCGGGCCAGUGGCACCCCCAACAAUCACAACGGUCCGCCUGGGAAUGGCAACACCGCAUUUAAUGAGGUGCAACAACCGCGUCAUCAGUCGACAUCCAUCAAUACUCUGGCUGAUGUCGCGGCCUUGCAAGGCCAACAAUCUCAAAAUCAGAAAGACCAGCUGUCCACCUUUUCGCCGUUAUACCCAACCCCCAAACCGGCAUCGAACCUCCAGAACCCUCCACGAGCCCCCGAAUCUAGAGAGCUUAUAAAAAGAAAUUACUCUCAAACCUCACUGCCUCCCGAGGCGCAACAACAAGCGUCCCAAUUAUUUAGUCAUAUCCAAGAGAACCCUCAUUCGUACGAGUCGCAUGUGCAGUUUGUUCGACUACUUCACACGGGUUUUGUCAACCACGUAUACCCACCCCACAACCCGGAUGCUCAUGGCGACCCGAGAUCGUACGAUCUGUUGAAGGAUUUGCGCGGUGCGAGAGAGGACAUGGAUCGGCUCUUUGCCAUGGGUGAGGACCUCUGGGUCGAAUGGAUCCAAGAUGAGACCCUGAUCGCACACUCGGUCGACGAAAGGAUAGCCGUCAUAGAGCUCUGCCAACGAUCUGUUGAAGAAGAAUAUGGCAGCACGAAGUUGUGGGCUAUGUUUGGAGACUGGAUGCUCUAUCUUUACAACGCCGCGAUGGGCCAGAGCGAUCAAAACCAGUGGAGUGAAGAAGAUCGAUUGGUUGGACGAGAAGUCUUUAGUUGGGAGUCUGUGGUUGAUGUAUGGCAACGAGGAGCUGACGCCACACGUUGGCGCAUCAGCGACAGUCAUCGCGUGUGGAAUAAAUUUCUUGAUUUAUCUGUACAGGACCUGAAUCAUGCGCGAUCAUCUGAUAGGGUUCCGCAGGUGAAGGCACUAUUCGAUUCUCGCUUGCAGACUCCUCAUGCCACGUGGGAUGAGACAUCCCAACUAUUUUCAACCUUCGUCACUCGUUAUUACAGCGGCAAUUACGAAGAACUAAUGGUCGACACCAACGCGCGAGCAGCCGACGCAAAAUACAAAUACGCGAGUCGGCAGGACUUUGAACUGAAGGUACAGAGAGCGGAGGACUCGAACGAUCGCAAUCUUGAAUGGGCAGUCUAUUCAGAAUACAUUGAGUGGGAGCUCAGCCGGCAUCCUGAAAAACGCGUCUACAGUCCUCAGCUGAUCAAUGCCCUUUACCAACGGGCCUUGCUACGAUUUCCUACCGAUGUGGCCAUGUGGGAGGAUUAUGUGACGUUCCUGAUACAGCCAUCAAUGGCACCUACUCACCACCAAAUCGCUCCUAUUCUUCCUACCUUGGAACGUGCGACUCGGCAUUGUCCUUGGUCGGGAACCCUGUGGUCUCAGUAUAUACUUGUCGCAGAACGCGAAGGCCUCUCGUUCGACGAGAUCGUUAAACUCAAGCACAAAGCGACAAGUACUGGUCUGCUAGAUGCCGGCGGGUUGGAAGAAGUUAUCAAAGUUCAUACAAUGUGGUGUAGUUAUCUGCGUCGACGAGCUUUUCUACCGGACGCGAUAGACGAAGAUUUGGACGUUGCCGAGGUUGGCAUUCGCUCAGCAAUUGAGCGAGUACAGGAACUCGGCGAGAACAAGUACGGCAAGUCAUACCAGGGCGAUCCUUACUUCCGCCUGGAAAGAAUCUACACUCGAUACCUGAGCGAAAGCGGAAGCUGGGAUAGCGCUAGGGAAUAUUACAAGAGCCUGAUUCCUCGACGCGGCAACAGUUACGAGUUUUGGUUAGAUUACUACAACUGGGAAAUCAUGUCUUGGCGAACCUUUGUUGAGGCGGCGAUGACCCCUGAAGCCGCGAGAAGAACGCCCGGUCCUAGUUAUGCCACGGCUGUGUUGAAACAGGCAAUCAAGCGGCCGGACUUGGACUGGCCUGAAAAGGUGAUGACCAAAUACUUUGCACAUUGCGAGGACUACGAAGAUGCCGAAGAGCUCCAGGAAGCCUUUGUUGAGACGCAGAAGGCGAUGAAAGCUGUGGUCCGGAGAAGACAGAAGGAGGCUCUUGAACAAGCAGCAGUGCAACAAGAGGCUGCAGCUACAGCAGCACAGGCCGAAGCGGACAGCACCGCUGCUGCAUCAAAGCGAAAACGCGAAGAGGAGGCCUCGGACGUUAGUAGGCUGCCUAACAAGAAGGCCCGGCCUGAAGAACCCGCUAUUGUCGAGAACGAAGAGCCGGCAGAAGCGAAGAGAGACCGGGAAAACUCAACUGUGAUUGUGAAACACUUGCCUGUAAAUGUGACCGAAUCCCAAAUUCGGCAAUUCUUUCGCGAGUGCGGUACCAUCAACGACAUUAUGUUUUUGCCUUCCGAGCAAGACUUUACGACUGCAAUUGUCGAGUUUGAUUCGAAAGAGGACGCUGCGACAGCUCUAACUCGAGACCAAAAACGCAUUGACGGUCAAACCGUUGAUGUAGAAAUAGGCAGCGGCUCGACGCUCUACGUGACCAACUUUCCGCCAACGGCAGAUGAGGCCCAUAUCAGAAAUUUGUUCGGCGAGUUUGGUGAAAUUGUCGAUGUGCGAUUCCCAUCUCUGAAAUAUAACACUCAUCGUCGGUUCUGUUACGUUCAGUUCAAGUCGGCAAGCGAAGCGAUUGCGGCGACAAAGUUGGAUGGCAAAGUUGUUGGUGACAACCUACGCCUACAGGUCAAGAUCUCAGACCCAUCCCGGAAACAAGACCGUCAUGGUCCGGUAUACGAAGGACGCGAGGUUCACGUUUCCAACAUCGAUUUCGCAGCCAGCGAAAGUGAUUUAAAGGAAGCAUUUUCUAAAUACGGGACUGUAGAGUUAGUGCGACUGCCUACAAAAGUCAACGGAGAUCGCAGGGGUUUUGGCUUUGUUGUCUUUUCUUCUCCGGAGGAGGCAACCGCAUCCCUUGCGAUGCAUAAACAAGAAUUCCGUGGCCGGCCACUGCAAGUGAAGGUGUCGACACCUACAGCUGUCAAACGAUCAGCGCUUGUUGUCUCUCACAAAGACAAAUCGCCGUCGGUCGAGCCCAAUGGCAUUAGCCCCAGACCUGACACGGAAGGGGACGAUCGUGGCUCUCGAACGCUAGGCUUGAUGAACAUUCCAGACACGGUAAACGACAGUCGCAUCCGAGCUAUUGCCGAGCGAUUCGGCACCCUUGUCAAAAUUGUUCUACGGCCAGACCAUGAAGGUGCAAUUGUCGAGUUCGCGGAUAUCAACGCAGCUGGUAAGGCAUCUCUGAAGUUGGAGGGUCAUGAGAUUGUACCAGGUCGUAGGAUUCGGGUUGGCACAGCUCGGGACGUGACCAGACAGAAGAUUGAGCAGAAAGUCGGUACGACCAAGGCCAAGUCCAUUCCUACGCCGUCUGUGUUACAAAUGAGCGGGCCAAUCAAGCGACCAACGCAGCCUGGAGCUCGCGGAGGUGGUCGCCGUGGGGGACUAGGGUUCAAACGCAGCGGUGCUACAGCACCGGAUCGAAGCCAUGAUCAGGAGAUGGCAGUUGACUCUGGCAGUGGUGAUGCAGAGAAGAAGCCACAGAAAAGUAACGAUGAUUUUCGGGCUAUGAUCCAGGGUAGCGGAAAAUAA